AUGAAAAGGCUCGAUCAACAAAUAUGGGGAUCCGAAGACGAAGAAGAUAUAGACGAAGAACAAAAUAAGAACGAGGCAAAGGUGAGAAAGAAAUGGGCUCUAAAGAAUAAGAACAAGGAAAAGAUGAGCAGUGAAGGAAGGGAAAGGAAAAAUAAGAUAUUAAUGAAAUGGAACCCGAAGUUGACGAUGAUCAGGUUAGUUGAUCCCUAUCAUGGAAAACAACAAGAACUACCUGAGCCCGAAGACUUUGAAAUGCCCGAUGAUUUAAACUUGGACGGCGAAGAAAAAGACGAUAAGGAUGGAGAAACUGAAACUGAAAAUCCGUUUGAAAUCGACGCUAUGAAAGAAGCUUUACAAGAAGAGCAGAAAGAAAAUGAUGAUGAAGAUAAAGAUAAAGGAAAUAAAAAUGGUCUGGAAGUGUCCAGUGAUGAAGAAGGUGAAGGAAACGAUGCUGAACAGGUAGACUUAUAG